GGGUGUCCAGCGAGUGGUCUCCUCCAGCUAGUGCUGCUGCGGCGUCCCGCGGCCUCCCGGAGAGUCGGGCGGGAGGGCAGAGCGGGUGUGGAGUGCCUGGACGAACCUAGGAUCCAGAUGGCAAAUUCUAUGAAUGGCCGGAAUCCUGGUGGUCGAGGAGGAAACCCAAGAAAAGGGCGAAUUUUAGGUAUUAUUGAUGCUAUUCAGGAUGCAGUUGGGCCCCCUAAACAAGCAGCAGCUGAUCGCAGGACCGUGGAGAAAACUUGGAAACUUAUGGACAAAGUGGUCAGACUCUGUCAAAAUCCAAAACUUCAGUUGAAAAAUAGCCCACCAUAUAUACUUGAUAUUUUACCUGAUACAUAUCAGCAUUUGCGACUUAUAUUGAGUAAAUAUGAUGACAACCAGAAGCUUGCCCAACUCAGUGAGAAUGAAUAUUUUAAAAUCUACAUUGAUAGUCUUAUGAAAAAGUCAAAACGUGCAAUAAGACUUUUUAAAGAAGGCAAGGAAAGGAUGUAUGAAGAACAGUCGCAGGACAGGCGAAAUCUCACAAAACUGUCCCUUAUCUUCAGUCAUAUGCUAGCAGAAAUAAAAGCAAUCUUUCCCAAUGGUCAAUUCCAGGGAGAUAACUUUCGGAUCACUAAAGCAGAUGCUGCUGAAUUCUGGAGAAAGUUUUUUGGGGACAAAACUAUUGUACCAUGGAAAGUAUUCAGACAGUGCCUUCAUGAGGUCCAUCAAAUAAGCUCAGGCCUGGAAGCAAUGGCUCUAAAAUCAACAAUUGAUUUAACUUGUAAUGAUUAUAUUUCAGUUUUUGAAUUUGAUAUUUUUACUAGGCUCUUUCAGCCUUGGGGCUCAAUUCUAAGGAAUUGGAAUUUCUUAGCUGUAACACAUCCUGGUUAUAUGGCAUUUCUCACAUAUGAUGAAGUUAAAGCACGUCUACAGAAAUACAGUACGAAACCUGGAAGCUACAUUUUCCGGUUAAGCUGCACUAGAUUGGGACAGUGGGCCAUUGGCUAUGUGACAGGGGAUGGCAAUAUCUUGCAGACCAUACCACAUAAUAAGCCCUUAUUUCAAGCCCUGAUUGAUGGCAGCAGAGAAGGAUUCUAUCUUUAUCCUGAUGGGAGAAGCUAUAAUCCAGAUUUAACAGGGUUAUGUGAACCAACACCCCAUGAUCACAUAAAAGUUACACAGGAACAAUAUGAAUUAUAUUGUGAAAUGGGCUCCACAUUUCAGCUUUGUAAAAUUUGUGCUGAGAAUGACAAAGAUGUCAAGAUUGAGCCUUGUGGACAUUUGAUGUGCACCUCUUGCCUAACAGCAUGGCAGGAGUCAGAUGGCCAGGGCUGCCCCUUCUGUCGCUGUGAAAUAAAAGGAACUGAGCCCAUAAUUGUUGACCCCUUUGAUCCAAGAGAUGAAGGAUCAAGAUGCUGCAGCAUCAUCGACCCCUUUGGCUUGCCAAUGCUAGACUUGGAUGAUGAUGAUGACCGCGAGGAGUCCUUGAUGAUGAGCCGGUUGGCAAAUGUUCGAAAGUGCACAGAAAGGCAGAAUUCACCAGUCACAUCACCAGGCUCCUCUCCCCUGGCACAAAGAAGAAAGCCCCAUCCUGACCCGCUCCAGAUCCCACACCUCAGCCUGCCACCAGUGCCUCCACGCCUGGAUCUCAUUCAAAAAGGCAUCGUUCGCUCUCCCUGUGGUAGCCCAACUGGCUCACCAAAGUCUUCUCCUUGCAUGGUGAGGAAACAAGACAAGCCCCUCCCAGCACCACCUCCUCCUCUCAGAGACCCUCCUCCGCCGCCCCCAGAGAGACCUCCCCCAAUCCCUCCUGACAACAGACUGAGCCGUCACUUCCAUCCUGUGGAAAGUGUGCCUUCUAGAGACCAGCCAAUGCCCCUUGAAGCCUGGUGCCCUCGGGAUGUAUUUGGGACUAAUCCGUCACUGGGAAGUCGACUUCUAGGGGAAGGCUCUCCAAAGCCUGGGAUGACGGCGAGUUCAAAUGUCAAUGGCAGGCACAAUAGAAUGGGGACUGAGCCAGUGCUUCUGAGGAAACACAGGCGCCAUGAUUUGCCUUCAGAAGGAGCCAAGGUCUUUGCCAAUGGUCACCUAGGAAGUGAAGAUUAUGAUGCUCCUCCUCGACUCUCUCCUCCUCCUCUAGCCACAGCAAUUCUCCCCAGCAUCAAGUGUUCUGGCCCAUUAGCAAAUCCCCUUUCUGAGAAAACAAGAGACACAGUAGAGGAAGAUGACGAUGAAUACAAGAUUCCUUCAUCCCAUCCAGUUUCAGUGAAUUCACAACCAUCUCAUUGUCAUAAUGUUAAACCUCUUAGGUCUUGUGAUAAUGGUCAUUGUAUAUUGAAUGGAACACAUGGUCCAUCCUCAGAGAUGAAGAAAUCAAAUAUCCCUGAGUUGGGCAUGUAUUUAAAGGGAGAUGUUUUUGAGUCAGCCUCUGAUCCAGUGCCAUUACCACCUGCCAGGCCUCCAACUCGGGACAAUCCAAAGCAUGGUUCUUCACUCAACAGGACGCCCUCUGAUUAUGAUCUUCUCAUCCCUCCAUUAGGUGAAGAGGCUUUUGUUGCCCUCCCCCCAUCCCUGCCACCUCCCCCACCCCCUGCAAGGCACAGUCUCAUCGAACAUUCAAAACCUCCUGGCUCCAGUAGCCGACCAUCCUCAGGACAGGACCUUUUCCUUCUUCCUUCAGAUCCCUUUUUUGAUGCAGCCAGUGGCCAAGUUCCUUUGCCUCCUGCUAGGAGAUUACCAGGUGAAAAUGUCAAAUCCAACAGAACGUCACAGGACUAUGAUCAGCUUCCUUCAUCUUCAGAUGGUUCACAAGCACCAGCCAGACCUCCAAAACCACGGCCUCGAAGGACUGCACCAGAAAUUCACCAUCGGAAACCCCACGGGCCCGAAGCAGCAUUGGAAAAUGUUGACGCCAAAAUUGCAAAACUCAUGGGAGAAGGUUAUGCCUUUGAAGAAGUAAAGAGAGCCUUAGAGAUCGCCCAGAAUAAUGUCGAAGUGGCCCGGAGCAUUCUCCGAGAAUUUGCCUUUCCCCCUCCAGUCUCCCCACGUCUAAAUCUAUAGCAGCCAGGACCAUCAGCACCAAAAUAUAAAGCAAUUGUGGAAUUUGCCAGGAGUGUGGCAAGCAGAGACGUGAGAUGCAAUUCGAGAGCGACAGUGUCUCCUGCUUGUGCGGCGUCUGGAGCAGAGAGGGUCUCGGGCAUGCUGCUUCCUGGAAGACCACUGCGUGCUCAGGAUGUCAGCAGCUGGGCUUUCUUCUUUUUCUAGCCAUACUUUUGAAUCAGGGUUGAACUGACAAAAAUAAUUUAAAGACGUUUACUUCCCUUGAACUUUAAAUCUGUGAAAUGCUUUUUUCCUUGUUUACAAGUUGCAAUGUUGCAGUUUUUUUGUUUGGCGUUUUGAGGGCUUUCUUUUGGGUUCAUUUGUUUUUGAUCCCUGUACUGUGUUCCUGAUGACCCUUUGGAGAGUGAUCAGGCCUGCUGUAACGUUUCUUUCCAGCUCUCUUGCUGGCCACGUCUGUAGCUCAGUCACAUUUUCAUCUUGAUCACCACCUCCUCCUCCUCCUUGGUUCCACCACCAUUGCCCUGGUCCAAUUCCAUUUCUCCUAUUUCUGAGAUGCUUUAAAGGUUCUGAUUUUCAAUGUAUCAAACUAAUGCAAAAAAAAAAAAGUGUGGCCUUCACUACUGAGUCUUUUCUUUGGAAACCAUCACUGUUGAGAGAUGGGGAAAAUCUGAAUGUAUAAAGCAUUUUUUUGUGUCAAUGAACUGCCUUUUAUAAGGGGUUUUCAUAUCGUGUAGAAAAACUUCCUUCUUUAAUGGAAGUUUUUUGAUCUUAAUUUUCCAUAAUCUCUUAUUUGUCAUCCCAGAGGUGUUUAAGACUGUAAAAAAAAAAAAUAUUAGAAAGUAACUACUGCAAAGUUGGGAGAAAUACCCUUGCACAGGACAAUGCCAUAUUGAAGUUAUAUAAUUAGGCCCCCUGAUAUUUAUGCCUGCGUUAAACUGAGGCAUGUUGAACAAGAGGGCCAUCUUCCUGAAAUAUAUUAAUAAUUUUCUGAUAAAAUUAUGGUCAUGCCUUUCCCAAAGUGGAAGAGAGUUAAUCUCUUAUUUGAAUGAUUGGAUUACACUCUGGUACCUUACGGGUUUAGGAACCAAUUCAUACAAUAGUGGAGACAUCAAAUCUUUGAUGCACUGUUAAGUGCUAAUGCUACUGUGGCAAUGCUUUUUUUGCAAAGUUCUUUAUAACUUUUUCUCUGUGAUCAAAUUGGAGUUCAUAUUUAAUUUGUAGAUUCACUCACUUAUUGGUCCACCUUGGUACAAAGCCAAUCAGGUAAAAGAAAUUCUUAUAGUUUUGCCAUUUUGGUUUGAUUUUUCAAAAACUAUUAUUUUAAUAAACCCAUAAAUAUUUAUUGAUCAUCAGUGAUGUGCUCAAUGCUUUUAGGUACUGUGUUUUUAAAGCACAACUGUUGCAAACUAACUCCAAUAUAAUUUUUUUUUAUUCCUUUCUGCAUAGUUGAUGAUAAAAGUAUCUCUAAAUGACAAAUUCUGAAAGAUUUCUACCAGGGCUUCAGAAUUUUCAGGCAAUUUACCUUUUUUUCUUUACUAAUAGCAAGUUAGUAGAGGAAUGAGGCAAAAACAGUCCGUGUAAAAGGUUUGCACUCAGAGGUUUUAUUAAUAUGGAUUAGCUAAUAGGUUUGCACAAAUUUCUGCCACUUCAUUUAAAUUCAGUCUGAUGGUAUAACAUGUAUAUAAUAGUGGGCCUUUCUUCAGGAACUGAAAGGACACACUAAACAUCUAGCAGAUCCAGUUAUUGAAUAAGAAUUCUGAGUCACCAUGGUGACUUGGGGAAGAGAAUGAACCACUCAUUCCUUUGCAAAAUGGAAUGUUUGGCUAUCAUUGUGUGAGGCACUAGUAAAAUCAAGCUCUUGGAUAGUUUGGGCUUCUGUUUUAACUUCUUUAGGUGAAUCGGAGCAGGUUCCUGUUUCUAGAGGGAAUUAUUUUUUAAUUUUCCAUAGAUGCCCCUCCUGUGGGUAGGUAUAUAGGAAUCCAGUUUUUGUGUACUUUAAAAAUUGCAUCAGCUAAUUCUCCAUUGCUCUAUGAACUCCCAUGUAUGACAUCAUGAUUUUUUUCACUUGUUUCAUCAGUUAGGAUGUCACAUUGGAAUAAGAAUAUAUUGUUGUUUCUAAUGAAAUGCUUACAUAGGAACAAUCUAAAACCUAAAUUACCCCUUCGUUUAGAUAACAUUGUUCUAAUGUUAUUAAUAGAUUAGGGAAUAUGAAGAACACAAACAUGAGAAAGUAUGGUACAGUCUCAUUCAAGCAACUUUAAAUAAUAUGAAAAUUUCCUGUGAGAAUUAAGAUGUAACAGUAACAAUUUCUUUACAAAGCAUACUAGCCUCCAUACUAACCUCUCUGUACUUUUUGUUCAACAGCAGCCAUCAGCUUUAUCAUCAAAAAUAAAUGGAGGGGGGUGGGAUUGAAGACCAAGAUAUGUACAAGUGCUUAGAGUGUCUGUCGAGCAUGUGACUGACACAUGUCUCGUAUUCUGUACCAUAUGAUACCUUCAGAGCACUGGUUAGGGCCUGGAAGACCCCUGAACACCAAGAGAUUAACUCAGGUAUUAUCAGCACCACAAAUGGAACAGCAUCGUCAGGCCCUGGCAUUGAACCACUGGCCCAGCUGAAUAGGAAUUGCCCACUGAAUUUUGCUUCAGAGCCCCCCAAGAAAAAGGAAAGAAAGAAAAGGAAAAAAAAGACAAAGUGAGGAAGGAAGAAAGAUAAUUUACAAUUUCAAUAAAAUAGGAAAGAAACAGGGAAAGAUUCAAACACUCAAGAAAAUUCCAUUACUAUCUAUGAUUUGUCAAAAAAUGUUUCAGUUAAAAAUAUUUUAUUAUAAAAGUGAUGACCCAUUUAUGGUGAAAAUAAUCAAAACUUGGUUCCACUCUGAUCUAAAAGUGACAUGCCUUCCAUUAUCCAAAUUUGGUGGUAAGAUUAUUUUUUAACCUAUUCCACAUUAUAAUCCAUAUGACUAAAACCAUGGCCAGCAUUAACGUACUUUCCCCAUCGUGCAUUUCCUGAGGGUAAACACACUUCUUCUCAGAGAUAGUAAAUUGAUCUCCAUAUUUUCCACCUAAAGUUCUGUAAUAUUCUGGCCAAUUUCCUACAGUUGAAUCAGAGCAAUGCUUAUAGUUCACUUGAAAUUUUUUCCACAGAUGACCUUUAAACUUUCCUGUUCUUUUCAACCCUUGCCCACAUUGCAAGUAGUCUUAAUAAUAGAGCCCUAAUUUUAACUUCAAGGGCCCAUUUGUUAAUAUAUUUCACAAACAAGAACACUUGCAAAUAUUUCUUCAUAAUGUGAAUUUUUAAUUUUUCAGUUCCAGAAGCAUUUCCUACAGUUUAGACAUUCAUAUGUUUUCCUCAGAUGUUCAACUUGAAGCUUUAAUUUGCACUGAGUAAUAUGGUUUUAAAAAAAAAAAAUGUUUUUUAAGCUGAAAGAUUUGGAAGCAAAUUACAGUGUGUUUUCAACAGUACAGGUACUGCCUGUUGACCUGGAAUUUCAGUGUCUCUAGGAAAAGUUUCCAGAAAUACAGCAUUAGACAAAAAUGUUUUCUUUGCAAUUACUACUUUACGUUUUUUAAUGCCUUUUUAAAAGUUAUCUAAUGUGGCAAAAUAGUUAUGUGUUCAAUUAAUUUAUAUUCAUUUUUUCAAUUCUGGUUAUUAUGUAAACAAGUACUUUAUCUGUUCUUUCAAGAUAUUUUAUAAAAUGAAUGUUAACAAAAUUCAGGGUUGGUAUUUUAUUUUUCCAAAGCAAUGCGAGCAUUU